AUGGAGUCAUUUGAUGUGUUGUCGUUGUACACAAACGUGUCCAAAAACGAUGCUCUCCAAGCGCUUUCUGAGUUGCUCGAUGCACAUGCUAAUAGUAUGGAACUGUAUGUCAGAAUUAUGUCUCUUGUCAAGGAAUGUCUUGGUUGCAAUAUUUUCGAGUGGUGCGGAAGGUACUUCACUCAAUUAAGAGGACUGGCAAUGGGGCAAAGACUUGCACCCGUGCUUUCUAUCUGUUUUAUGUAUAAGAUCGAACAGCCGGUGCUAGAACGAUACAUCCCAAUGUACUACCGCGAUUGCUGA